GUAGUACAAUCUGUCACUGAUAUUCAUUUGUCCUUCUGGGAGUUGCCGGUUUCCGUGAGCUGCUCAGCCAGCAGAGCCGCGCCUCGCUUAUGAAACUGUUGGUUCUCACCAUUAUUGUCGUUGUAAGCUAAUAACCGAGCUAACGGCUAAAGUUCGCUAACAACCCAGUAAGUUGACAGCUAGCUGUUUAGCAUUCGACGGCAGCUAACAGGGUUAGCUGCUUUUGUAGCAAGCAGAGUUUCAGACUGGCACUGGCAGGGGAGGAAACCGCCCACUCCUGUUCAAUAAAACAGGCUUUCCAUACAAAAACGUGAACACCUUUGACCGAGAUGGAGGCUGAAAGCUCCAGCGGGCUGUUGCUGACGAGAAAAAGAAGACGAGAACCAUCCGCAACAGAGAUCGACGAUGGUGAACGCCAUGUGAAAAUCCCCAGAUGUACUGUGGGACUGAAGCAUCCAGCGCCUUUUGCAGAUGAGCUGGAGCCAGCCGACAUGAAACCCUAUGAGAGAGUCAGUAUGGAGGAGGCCAAGAGGGGGACACCAGUUAACAGACCAGUGCGGGUGUACGCAGAUGGAAUUUUUGAUGUUUUUCACUCAGGUCACGCCAGAGCUCUAAUGCAGGCCAAAUGCCUCUUCCCAAAUACACACUUGAUAGUUGGAGUGUGUAGUGAUGACCUCACCCAUAAAUACAAGGGCUUCACAGUGAUGAAUGAAGAUGAACGGUAUGACGCCGUCACACACUGCCGGUACGUGGAUGAAGUUGUGAAAAAUGCUCCCUGGACAUUAACGCCGGAGUUUCUUGCAAAACACCGUAUUGACUUUGUGGCCCAUGACGACAUCCCAUACUCCUCGGCUGGCAGUGAUGACGUGUACAAGCACAUCAAGGAGGCUGGUAUGUUUGCCCCCACACAGCGAACCGAGGGCAUCUCCACCUCUGACAUCAUCACACGCAUCGUUCGUGACUAUGACGUCUACGCUAGACGCAACCUACAGAGAGGAUACACAGCCAAAGAACUCAACGGCAGCUUUAUUAAUGAGAAGAAGUACAACCUGCAGGAGCGAGUGGACAAGGUGAAGCGAAAGGUACGAGAUGUGGAGGAGAAAAGCAAGGAGUUUGUGCAGAAGGUGGAGGAGAAGAGCAUCGACCUCAUCCAGAAGUGGGAGGAGAAAUCCCGAGAGUUCAUCGGAAACUUUCUGCAGAUGUUUGGUCCUGAAGGAGCUCUGAAACAUAUGUUGAAAGAAGGAAAAGGCCGCAUGCUGCAGGCCAUCAGCCCCAGACACAGCCCAGAGAACAGCCCCAGUCGGGAGGAGCGCUCGCCGUCACCCACCUUCCGCCUACCAUUCUUCAAUAAGACAUCCCCGUCUCCAUCGCCACUGCCCCACCACAGUGGGGCCCGAGGAUACCUCAUCAGUGAAGACGACGACGAUGAUGACGAAGAUGAGGAAAACUAGUCCGACUCGCUAUCACUUUAUCGGUCCACGGUCAGAGCUAGGAGUUAGCCGAGGUGUUGAGUCACACUGUCUUCACUGAGCUCCUUUUCCUGUUUUUUCUUCUUUCUUUUAAUUCAAUUCGGUUAUGUUUAGCACUGCUGGGUUGCAGGAACUGUAAUAAGCAGUACCUGCAACAGCUCCUGUUUUUAUUGUCAUUUCUCUGUAACACCUAUCCCUCAAUCAACUUGAGUUCUUUGAACAUGUCUCAUUUGAGUCACUCACUAAGUUAUAUUAUUGGUUUUGUUUGUUACUACCACUGAGGAAUACAUGCAGGUGUCAACCCUGAAUGCACUCGUCCAUCUGAAGUGGUGAAAGUCUAAAGCGGUGUUUCCUUCUUUGUUUUUUGUUUUUUGCUGUAGGAGUUGGUGUUUUUAGUUCUUUUAUCAUGGUCUCAGCAGGAUGACUUAGAGGGUUUUGGGUCACUUGUGGAGAAGCACAUUUUGACUAAGUGUGUGAAAGGUUAAAUGAUGGACACUUAGAUUUCACUGGGGAGAACUGUAUUUUCAAGGCAAGUCAGUAACCUAAGGGUUUCACUGAUCUGCUCAUGUGAAGGGGAACUUUAUAUUCUGCUAAUACUGAGUCAACCUGGCUUUGCAUUUUCUACUUAAUGACAGUACUCCAGAUUAAAUCCCAUCAGAGCCUAAUCUGGGAGUAGAGCAGGGGUUUUUUCCUCUCCAGUCUGAACGACCUGUCUUGAAGAGUUUACUGUUUGUCUGUGUGUAUGUGCAUGUGAUGUUUGUGUUACAGGUUCCACAGUACUGCAGCAUGUCUGAGGUUUGAAUCCACAUGGACAUUUUUGUUUUUUCUGCGAGCGAGAACAUUGCUUUCUAAAACAUUCAAAGCAGGCUUCUUCUCACAAGGAUAACCUGUUGAAAGGCUGAUGUGAAAUAAAAAUUAUAAAGAAAAAAA